ACGAGCAUCAUCAGCAUCAUCAUCAUCAUCAGCAGCCACAGCAGCCACAGCAGCAGCCCAUGCUGUCCGAUCUCCCGGGGCGCGCCUCGCCCCCAUCGCUCGCCGCGGGGAGCCUCCGCGCGGCUGGCGAGCGCGGAUACACCCCAGGGUUGGGUCGCUACGAAGCGCAGAUUUUGAAACUAGAGGCAGGCUCGGCGCUCCACCACCACCACCACCACCAGUACCGUCACCACCGACAACAGCAGCAGCAGCAGCAGCCUCACCACCACCACCUGCUGCAACAACAACAACAUCAUCAUCAUCUCUUCCACGUGGAACGCGCCACGCCUGCUCCCGUCGUCUCCUGCGCCAGCGGCGGCGGACGUUGUUCUGGAGGUGGUGGGCCGGGAACGGGAGGAGACGGAACGCGCAGAGGAGGUGGAGGAGGUGGAGGAGGAGGAGGUGGCGACGUUGUUGCGUUCAACUUCGUUCAACCUGGCUACGCGACUGAACUCAACACGGAGUUGCUGAUUCCGCGAGCGACGAUGCCGAGCGGACUGCCGGAUCACCACCACCACCACCACCACCUGCACCACCACCCUCACCAUCAUCAUCCUCACCACCACCACCACCACCACCCUCACCAUCACCUCCCUCACCACCACCACCACCACCACCACACUGCCGGCAUGUUCAUACCACAGUCAACCGCAUCGCCCACGUCACCAUCCCUCUACCAUGCUGGCGGUAGCUUCACGGACCCGACCCACGGUGCUCAGCAGCACUCCCUCUACCCGGGCCUCCACGCGCUGCCAGACGCCUUCUGCCAGGUGAUGCGGUCCGAUCCGUACGGUGUCGGUGGCGGCGGUGGUGGCGGUGGCGGCGGUGGCGCGGUGAGCCUGGGAUCCGGCGCGUUCCUGCGCUAUCUGCGCCACCAGCCCAUCAAGCAGGAGCUGGUGUGCCGGUGGCUCGAGGCCGACCGCUACGGACCACCGGGUCUCGGUCUCGGCCUCGUCGGAGUCGUCGUCGGCACGCCGUGCGCCAAGACGUUCGGCACCAUGCACGAGCUGGUGGCGCACGUGAGCGUGGAGCACGUGGGGGGGCCCGAGCAGGCCCACCACGUGUGCCGCUGGGACGAGUGUCCCCGCGAGGGGAAGCCCUUCAAGGCCAAGUACAAGCUGGUGAACCACAUCAGGGUGCACACGGGCGAGAAGCCCUUCCCGUGCCCCUUCGCCGCAUGCGGCAAGGUGUUCGCUCGCUCCGAGAACCUCAAGAUACACAAGAGGACGCACACAGGAGAGAAACCGUUCCGCUGCGAGUUCGUGGGCUGCGACCGACGUUUCGCGAACAGCAGCGACCGCAAGAAGCACAUGCACGUGCACACGUCAGACAAGCCCUACCUGUGCAAGCUGUGCGACAAGUCCUACACGCACCCCAGCUCCCUGCGCAAGCACAUGAAGGCCCACAGUGCCAAGUCGCCAGCAACCUCGAGUCGCCCCGAGUCGCCCUCCCCCGGCCACCAGAGCCAGCAUCAGCCACCGCAACCGCAGCCGCCAUCGUCGUCGUCAUCGUCGUCGUCGUCCACGGCCACCUCCUCCUCUUUCUCGCCGCCGCGCACGGCCACGAAUCUGGCCGAGUGGUACGUGUGUCAAGGCGGUGGUGGAGUCGGAGGAGGCGGCGGUGGCGGCGGCGGCGGGAGGGUUAAGGGGUGGACACGGUGAUUCGCCCCGUCCCGGUGAACUCCACGAGUUGCAGGUUCACAGUGGCCACGUCCGUGACAGACUCGCCUCUCGACGCAACCUCCUCCGCCCCCUGCUCCACCUCCUCCCCCAUACUCUGCACUCUGCUCCCCUCCGCGUGCUCAUCACGCACACUGAACUGUGUUCUAAAUGUAGACUUCUAGCAACCCCUCAGUCUCUUGACGCCCGCCUCCCCCCCCCUCCUCCUCCUCCUCCUCGCCACCCCUUCUCCCUAAAGGGGAGAUUGCGAAACCCGAGCCACAGUGGGGCUCCCUUUGGUGCUCACUCAGACGCGAGAGAAGGCCUUUGUGCGACGCUCGGUCGGAGCGGAUUAAGCGACAAUGGUCGUUAAGCCAAAGGCGGGGAUCGAACACGUGGGACACGCCACAUUGCCUUUAUAUGCACACGUCACACACACACACACACGUCACAGGCACGUCACACAGACGUCACACACACACGUCACACAGACGCUCACACGUCACACCAGACGUCACAGAAGCGUCAUAGACACGGCGCACGUGGCACACGCACGUCACUUUCACGUCACGCACACGUUACGCACUCGUCAUGCAUACGUCACGGGACACGUCAGCCACGUCAGUUACACGCGGCACAUGCACGUCACGCAUGUCACAGACGUCAGACGCACGUCACACACGUCACGCAUGUCACAGACGUCACACACACACACGUAACACUCGUCACGCACGUCACACAAAUCAUCGCCAUCGAGAUCCGCAUUCUCGCCGACGCACCGGAAAGUAAGACGCACUCCCCACCCCUGCGACCCCUCCCCACCCCGCCCCGCCCCUCCCCAG